AUGGAAGAUCUAGAGGAGCCAUGGUUUGAGGAUUUUGAGAACUACUCCCUGGAAUAUUACUUUCAGGAGGCAGACUUAGAAGAGAAAGUCCAUAUGGGAAUUGUCCACUGGGUGUCAGUGGGGUUAUAUUGUUUAGCCUUUGUUCUGGGGGUCCCAGGGAAUGCCACUGUCAUUUGGUUCACAGGCUUCAAGUGGAAGAAGACAGUUGCCACCCUCUGGUUCCUCAAUCUGGCCAUCGCAGAUCUCAUCUUUGUUCUCUGCAUGCCCCUCUACAUCUCCUACGUAGCCAUGAACUUCCACUGGCCUUUUGGCAUCUUGCUGUGCAAGAACGCCCUAAUAGUGAUCAUAUUCGUCUGGCUUUUGGCAUCUCUGAUUGCUGGCCCCGCCCUCUACUUCAGAGACGUUGUGAAGCUCAACAACCACGUCUUGUGCUAUAACAAUUUCCAUGAGAAUGACCCUGAUCUCAGACUGAUGAGGCACCAUGCUCUGACCUGGGUGAAAUUCAUUGUUGGGUACCUCUUCCCUUUGAUAACCAUGAGCAUUUGCUACUCAUGUCUCAUCUUUCAGGUGAAGAAGCGAAACAUCGUGAUCUCUAGUAAGCACUUCUGGACAGUCUUGGCUGUGGUCAUUGCCUUUUUGAUCUGCUGGACUCCUUAUCAUCUGUUUAGCAUUUGGGAGCUCAUGAUUCACCACAACAGCUACUUUUUCCAAGUGCUAGAGGCCGGAAUACCCAUCUCCACCGCCCUGGCCUUCCUCAAUAGUUGCUUAAAUCCCAUCCUGUACGUCCUCAUCAGCAAGAAGUUCCAAGUUCGACUCCGUUCCUCUGUGGCUGAGAUCCUAAAGCACACACUGUGGGAAGUCAGCUGUUCAGGCACAGUGAGUGAACAGCUCAGGAACUCCGAAACCAAGAACCUGUGUCUCAUGGAAACAGCCCAGUGA